AUGAUUACAUAUGGCUUUCUUUUCUAUGGGCCUGGUUCUUAUGCAUGGUACCAGUAUCUUGAUCAUUGCAUGCCAAAGCAAACGGUAGAGAACCUUUUGAUGAAGGUUUUAUUAAACCAAAUUGUGCUUGGUCCAUCCGUAAUUGCUGUUGUUUUUGCAUGGAAUAAUUUAUGUCAAGGAAAGCUCUCAGAGCUUCCAGAUAAGUACCUGAAAGAUGCACUUCCCACACUAUUUGUUGGAUUUAGGUUCUGGAUCCCUGUCAGCAUAUUGAAUUUUGGUUCCUCUUCAAGCCCGUGUUGCUUUCAUGUCCAUGGGUUCUAUAUUCUGGAACUUCGUCCUGUCUUCAACUAUGAGCAAUUAACCUCUGCUGCUAGAGUUCUGUCCAUACUAUUACUACAUUAUGGUUUGAGCAAGGCAG